GGAGGGAAGGCGGUGCCGGGGACAGCGGGGGACGGCGCUCGCCGCCUUCCCGGCCAUAAAACAGCGGAGCCAGAGGCGGGCGGGCGGAGAGGAGCGGCGGGAGCGGCGCGGACGGGAGCGCACGGAGCGGAGCGGCCGGGCCGAGGUGGGAGCAGCGGGAUCUCGCCAUGGCCCUGGCCGACCCCACGGGCUGCGAGGACGGCGCCCCCUUCCCCGACAUCAUCGAGCUGAACGUGGGGGGCCAGGUGUACAUCACCCGGCACCCCACGCUGCUCAGCGUGCCCGGCUCGCUGCUCUGGGAGAUGUUCACGCAGCGGAGCGCGCGCUCGCUGGCCCGCGACAGCAAGGGCCGCUUCUUCCUGGACCGCGACGGGUUUCUGUUCCGCUACAUCCUGGAUUUCCUGCGGGACCGGCGGCUGGUGCUGCCCGAGCACUUCCCGGAGCGCGGCCGCCUGCGCCGCGAGGCCGAGUUCUUCGCGCUGCCCGAGCUGGUCAAGCUGCUGGCGCCCAAACUCAGCGAGCAGAACUCGCUGGGGGAUGACCCGUGCCAGAGCGACCCCGAGGAGCCGUCCCCCGGCGGGGACGCCGCUCGUGGGUUGGUGUCACCCGCCGCCGCGACGCCCGCUGCCCAAACCGGCGCCGAGGGGCGCAGGGCGGGGUUCAUCACCAUCGGCUACCGCGGCUCCUACACGCUGGGCAGGGACAGCCAGACGGACGCCAAGUUCCGCAGGGUGGCCCGGAUCAUGGUGUGCGGCAAGACCUCGCUGGCCAAGGAGGUUUUUGGGGACACCUUGAACGAGAGCAGAGACCCGGACAGGCCCCCAGAGAGAUACACGUCCAGGUACUACCUCAAAUUCACCUUCCUGGAGCAAGCCUUCGACAAACUGGCCGACGCCGGCUUCCACAUGGUGGCCUGCAACUCCACGGGCACCUGUGCCUUCGCCCACGAGCAGACGGACGACAGGAUCUGGACCUCUUACACCGAAUAUGUUUUCUAUCGUGAGUGACACAAAACCGACCCUCCACCAACCAAACUCCGACUGUCCCUUUCCUGCCCCGUGCUGGCUGUGGCCUAGAAGGUAGAGAUCCGUCCCCGAGCCCCGGCGUCCUCCCUUUUGCCUCCUUUUCUCGGUUGGUUCUUGGGGUUUUUUUUCCCUCCUCCUUGCUCCACGUUGAACCUGCCCAGCUCUUCCUGCCGACCACCAACCUUCCUCCCUCUCUCCGGCUUCUGCAGUCGCUCCCAACCCUCCCUGGAUGCGUGGACUCGGACACUGCUGUGGACGUGGGGUGGGUGGGAGGGUUGGGACGCUGCUCCAGGCUGGAAUUCCUGCAGCUGGAUGGGUUUUGGACACUGGACUGGGCUCUCUGUCCGUGGGAUGCUGGAGACGCGCUGGGACCUGCCAGGGGAGGGCUGGGAGAGGAAUCAUUGGGAUGAAGAUGUGGGAAAGGUGGGAAGCAGAGCCAGGGAGGGGGUGGGGGUUGGAAAAGGGGUUGGAAAAUCAGCCUGGCAGCACGGCUGGACUGGCAGGAGCCCUGUAAGCAGCUUAGCCUGAGGCUGGGAAGGGGAGAGGCUCGGGAGGGGGAAUUUUGGGGGGAAUUUUGGGGAGGGUGGGAGGGUCAGAUGUUGUGUGAGGGAGGUGGGAGGGGCAGCUUGGCGUGUUUGGGGUGUAAAAUGCUUGUACAGCUCUCCAAAUCCUUGGAGCCUUGUCAGCCACAGAGUCCCUUCUUCGUUUUUUUUCUUGGGAGCGCAGCGGGAAUCACAGGGAUGAUUUUGGAACGUUCCAAAACGGUGGUCAGGGCUCAGCUUCACCCAGGAAAGGGAGUUUUGGCCAUUUUGGGGCUGUCCUGUGGGGUGUCUCCAGCCCCAGGGCUCUCCCAGCUCUGGCACACGGGCUCAGCCUGCAGGGGAGGUGACCCUGGUGUCCCUGUGUGCUGCCUGUGCCUGUCCCCUGGUGCUCUGCCACCCACUCCUGGCACCCACUACCCAAUCCCUGGCACCCACCUCCCACUCCUGGCACCCACCGCCCACUCCAGGCACCCACCUCCCAUCCUUGGCACCCACCACUCAUUUCUGGCACCCACCUCCCAUCCCUGGCACCCACCUCCCACUCCUGGCACCCACCACCCACUCCUGGCACCCACCUCCCACUCCUGGCACCCACCACCCACUCCUGGCACCCACCUCCCACUCCUGGCACCCACCACUCAUUUCUGGCGCCCACCACCCACUCCUGGCACCCACCACCCAUCCCUGGCACCCACCACCCAUCCCUGGCACCCACCAUCCACUCCUGGCACCCACCACCCAAACUCCUGGCACCCACCACCCAAUCCUGGCACUCACCACCCAAUCCCUGGCACCCACCACCCACUCCCGGCACCCACCACCCAUCCCUGGCACUCACCACCCAUCCAUGACAUCCACCAUCUGCCCAAGGCACACAUCAGCCAUCAGGCACCAACCCUCCAUCCCUGUUCCCACCAUCCAUCCCUAUUCCUGCCCUCCAUCCGUGUUCCCACCCUCCAUCCCUGUUCCCCUACACUCCACCCCUGUUCCCAUACCCAUCCCUGUUCCCACCAUCCCUGUACCCACAUUCCCAGCUAUUCCAUCCCCGUUCCCACCCUCCAUCCCUAUUCCCACACCCAAUCCCUGUUCCCACCCUCCAUCCCCAUACCCACUCUCCAUCCCCAUUCCCACUCUCCAUCCCCAUUCCCACCCUCCAUCCCAGUUCCCACCCUCCAUCCCAGCUCCCAGCACUGCUCCCAUCCCAGUGAAGCUCCUGGAGCUGCAGGAUCUCCUCCCUGCCUGGACAGCAUCCAAGGGGCUGUUCCUGCUUGGGAUGGAAUUUUGCAGCUGUUUCCUGGAGAGGAGGGAGAGCUUUGGGGCCAGCAGAACUCUCAAACCGGGUUCUCCCUCCCUCCUGAAGAAGGGGAAGGCAAAAAACGAUAUUUUGACAUUUUUCAUGGUCCUGUUCCUCAUUCCAACAACCUCUGGAAGAGGAAAUGACAAAGGGACAAAAAAAAAAAAAAAAAGAAAAAAGGGACUUGAGCUCUGUGUGCACACAAAGAAAACCUUUAAAUAAAGGGGGAGGGGACCUGCA